UUUUAAAUAGAAAGUAUGGCAACCAAAGCGACCAGAAACAAUCCAUUCGCAGAAUUUACUAAGCCGAUGAACAAUGAUAAUGAUCAUGACCAGAACAGUAGUCAGAAUAUUAAUAAUCGGGCUCAGCUUAAAGAAGAGCCACAGAAGAAGAACAAUUGGGAGAAAACAACCUCUGAAUUUAAUGGUAGAAUGACCAAUCCUUUCCGAGAGCCGAAUACUUAUUCAGGCGAUUCACAAUCUCAUAACGAGACUGAUACUACGAUGGAGGAUACUUAUACUCAGCCCUCUCGUGGAGGCCAAGAUUGGAAUCCGGAUGCUCAUAAACCACAGCAGCUUGGACAAUAUGGUCAAGAUGCAUCAGAACGUCCAGCGAAAGUAGGGUUUGGAGCUGGAGAAAACUCUGUAAAAAGACCAGGCUUUGACCCACUAAACGAACCACCAUUGUUAGAAGAUCUGGGAAUCAACCUAAUGCAAAUAAGAAGAAAGGUGUUAUCUAUUAUUAGUAUGAGGAAGAUAAACCCUGAAAUAAUCGAAGAUGCAGAUCUUGCUGGUCCUAUCUUAAUAGCAAUCAUCUUCGGUACCUUACUUUUACUAAGAGGAAAGAUUGAAUUUGGAAGAAUCUAUGGCUAUGGACUCACUUCAUGUGUACUGUUCUUUAUUCUGUUCAAAGUCUUAGUUGCAAGGGAACAUUCACUAGGCCUUUAUACAAUCAUGAGCGUCUUAGGGUAUUGAUUAAUCCCUUUCAACUUCUUUGCAGUUAUUAUUCUGUUCCUCCCAAUCAUGAACGUUGUUGGAGGAAUUAUCAGUCUAGGUAUUGUGUGUUGGUCAACAUAUAUGGCAACACAAUUCAUCGAAGUAAUGUUACACACAAAAAAUAAGAAAGCAAUUAUAGGAUUUCCAAUAUUCCUAUUCUAUAUGCGUUUCCUUCUAAUAACAAUAUUUUAG